AUGAAAGUAAAAGUUCUUUCUCGAGCCGCCUCAGAGUAUACACGUGAAACGCCUCAAGAUAUUCACAAAAUUAAACGGAAUUAUGAUCCCAAAUUACACCCAUUGGAAAAGGCUCGUGAAUACACCAGAGCGCUUAAUGCCGUAAAGUUGGAACGAAUGUUUGCAAAGCCAUUCGUUGGUGCCUUAUCUGGUCAUUCUGAUGGCGUUUAUUGUAUGGCCAAGCACCCUAAAAAGUUAACCACCAUUAUGACAGGAAGUGGUGAUGGAGGAUAUGGGAUUUGUCAAAUCGAGAAACAAUAUGGAAGGUUGUCGGACAUAAAAGCAUUGUUAAAGGUGUCUGUUGUAGUCCGACAAAGGGUAAUUUAUACCUUUCUUGUGGAACCGAUAAAACCUGCGAUUGAUCAUCAUCGUAAUGAUCCAAUUUUUGCCACUUCUGGAUCACAAGUUGACAUUUGGGAUGAAAAUAGAUCGGACCCGAUCAAAACUUUGAGUUGGGGAGCAGAUACAAUUAAUACUGUUCGAUUUAAUCAAAUAGAGACAAACGUUCUGGGUAGUUGUGGAACAGACAGAACCAUUAUUCUUUAUGACCUUAGAAUGAAUUCUCCACUGACAAAAUUGGUUUUGCAGAUGAGAACAAAUGCUAUAGCAUGGAAUCCGAUGGAGGCAUUCAACUUUACAGCGGCAAAUGAGGAUCAUAACUGUUACACGUUUGAUAUGCGCAAAAUGGAUUGUGCAUUAAAUGUCCUCAAAGAUCAUGUAUCUGCAGUAUUAGAUUUAGAUUAUUCGCCAACAGGUGAAGAAAUAGUCACUGGAGCUUAUGAUCGAUCAUUGAGGAUUUAUUCAUCACGUCAAGGACAUAGUCGAGAUAUAUAUCAUACCAAACGAAUGCAGCGUAUUUUUUGUGUUAAAUUUAGCAUGGAUUCGAAAUAUGUUCUUUCUGGUUCAGAUGAUGGUAGUAUCCGACUAUGGAAAGCAAAAGCAUCCGAGAAACUUGGACCGAAGGACUAUAGAGAACGUGCUCAUUUGGAAUAUCAAGAGAAACUUAUUGAACGAUAUAAAUACCUUCCAGAGAUUAAAAGAAUUGCAAAACAUCGUAAUGUUCCAAAGGCAAUUAAAAACGCUCAGAAUACAAAGCGUAUAAUGUUACAAUCUCAACGACAGAAAGAAGAAAAUUUGCGAAGACAUUCCAAAAAAGGGACGGUUCCAUAUCAAGCAGAGAGAAAGAAACCUAUCGUUGAACGACAAGUGCUUUCUACAAAAAGUAAAACAAAAUUAACAACUAACUCUUCUAAUUCAUAUACAAAUAAUUUGGCUUCAUUAGGUAGAUUUUAUGUAAAUACCAUGAAAACAAUUGGUAAAAAACAAGUUUUGCGUAUAGAUCCUUCGAUAAAACGUACCAUGUGUAAAAGAUGUGAAUCCAUUCUAUUACCUGGAGUAACUUCUCGCGUUAGAAUUAAAUCACGUCCCGAACCAUGUUAUCAAGUUUUAUGUAUUGAAUGUAAUACUUCAAAGAAUUAUCCUACUCGUAAAGGAUAUCAAUUAUUUUCCGAGAAACCCGAAAAUAUCUUUAGAUCAAACGAAUCAUCUGCUGAAAAUGGAGAAGAUAUAUCAAUCAUCAAGCAAACAAAAAAAAAAUAUAAUAAGAAUAAUAAUAAUAAAGAAAUUUAA